CUGUGCCGGGCUGGGCCGAGCUUGCAGAGAGGAGGUGACACCGAACCAGGCACCAUGUGCUCCCUCACACGCACGCUGGCACUGCUGCUGGGCACGCUGGUGUGGGCACCAUGGCGGGUGCUGCACGGGGCACCGCUAGCCGAGCUCUCGGGGGACCAAGACUUCCAGCUCUUCCUGCACAAGAACCUCGAGUUCACCCGCAAGAUCAAGGGGGACGUGGCCGCACUGCAGCGUGUGUUGUGUGACACUUUCCAGCUGUGCAAGGAGGAAGAGCUGCUGCUGGUGCAGCAGAACCUGGGCAUCACCCAGGCACCGCUGGAGCGGUGCCAUGGCCGUGCCUUCCAGCCGGAGAGCUGCUUCAGCCAGAUCCGUGACGGGCUCCUCACCUACCACAGCUCCCUCGCUGCCGUCGCAGAGCUGCUGCCUGAGCACGCCGGCCUGGUGGAGACCCUGCAGCUGGACACUGCCAACCUCUCCUCCAACAUCCAGCAGCAGAUGGAGGACCUGGGCCUGACCACGGUGACGUACCCCACGGAGGACCAGAGCCCCCUCCCCACCUUCCCCUCCAGCUUCCACCACCAGGUCGGCUGCUUCGUCAUCCUAGCCAACUUCCAGCGGUUCCUGGAGACGGCGUACCGGGCGCUGCGGCACCUCGCCCACCUCUGA